GUUGCAAAAGGGAGCGAUGUUCGGGCAGAAGGUAUCGUCCCAGCACCGGUACGUUAGACAGUCACCCGCUACGAGGAGGAGCAAGAACGAACCGGUCGAUACCGGUUCGGAGAAUCCUCUGCAACGUUACGAAAAUGCGGUGCUGAAGUACCAGAAGCCCAAGGCUCGACCGAAACGACAAUCGAGCCGCGAUCGUCAGCAGCAACAGCAAAAUCACGGCUACUCGAGCAGCGACGAGAGCGUGGUCAGGAACAAGUCGAAGAGCAUCAGCUCGAUAGACACGCAGUCGGUGAACAAUAUCCUGGACGAGUACGAGGACCUCGAUUACAGAAGGUCGUCGGACUUGAGCGACGUCGGUAGCAUCAGCGUGUCGAACUUCGAGGCGGUGAUGAUGGAUCAGCAGAAGAAGCAACAGCAGGACAAAUCGAAAGUCUCGGGUCAGAGGAUGCAGCCAAAGCGUUCCCCGGUCCGCGAGAAACCGCAACCCGUUCUGAAAGUGAACCAGCAGACGCAAGUGAGACAGCGGUCCCGGGAGAGGCAAAAGGAAUCCGUGAGACGCGUUCCGGCGUCGCCGACCGAGGACGAUUCCCCGGGCCGCGUCGCACAGCUGACGUUGACGGUGGAUGCCAGCCGCGGCAAAGUUCCGGAGGUGUUGCUACGCAAAGGGGAAGUUCAGAAGAGGGUGGACGAGUGGCUGAGCCAGGCGCAAAGUCAGAAUUUCCCGGGCUCCCGGGAGAAACCGUUGACGCGGUCGAACAGCAGCGCCGAGCAGAAGAGUCAAAGACGGUACCGGCAGGAUUCCAGGUCCAGAUCGAUCGACGAGGGCAGGGACAAGUUGAACGGUACUUCGUCGAGUUACGACGACCUCAGUCGCGCGGACAAGAAGCCCGACCGCAAGGUGGAAAAGGUGAACGUAGCCGUCAACACCAGCAGAGGGACCUACAAGGAGUACCUGGCAUUGAAGAACAGAGGGAAACAGCACGAUUACGGAUUCAGCGCGUCGAACAGCAGCGUGAUCGGCAGAUCGAGGGACAUCAGUCCGUCCACCGGCUCGAGGAUCCCUCAGAGGGGCCCGCUGACCUCCAGCUUCAGAUCCAGACGAUUAGAAUCGAGCAGCGAGGAAAGUCGGCCGGAUAACGUCGGGGAAUCCGAAAAGAACUGCCGCGGCAGGCCGACGAAUUUGAUAAAGAGCAGAAACGAGUCCGAUGACGGGAGGAUAUCUGGGGUAAGCGGCGGCGCGGUCGCUUCUAGCUCGACAACACCGACGUCCUCGUCGUCGGUUAUCCCCUGCAGGAGAGCGUCGUUGAAGCGAUCGCAAAAUCACGAUCAAAGCGCGAGCUGCGCGACGAGGCCGCUCGUUAAAGAAGAGACGGGCCAGAGGGCGAGAGGAGCUGGAAGAGUCGGUGGAGCAACAGGAGGGGGAGGAGGUGGAGGAGGAGGAGGUGGAGGCUGCGCCGCCUCGAAGGGCCCGAGCAACCUUGGCGACCGAGCCGAGGAGCCGAUCUCACCAAAUAAGGACGGAGAAAGUAGGCGGCCGACUCUCACGAGCGAUUCACCGCGAGCCGGUGAUAAAGCAGCCGAUGCCGCCUGUAAAUCGAUGGAAGGCUCUCGGUCCGCGCGAGACAUCGCGAGGUUUACAGGGGAAUCGUCCGAGUCCAGGUACACCCGGCACGAGAAGAGAGAAAGCAAAAUGGAUCAGACGAGGCAGGAGACCGUUUACGGUGCCGUGGGCGCGCGUGUCCGCACGCUCCAAGGUCAGCAGGAGUCCCGCGUCACGAGACCGAGAAAUCUACAAGCGGGCAACUUGCCGCCAGAAGCUAGAAAGCCGCCGGUACUUCCCAGGAAGGAGCAAACCCCUUGCUCGCAGGACGCGAAAAUCGAUCGCGAUCGUGGCAAGUGUUCGCCGAUCGCGUCGCCGCCGCAGUCCUCGUUCAAGCCGAACAAUCGCGUCUACGUGGCCCUGCAGCAGCUCAACGAGCACAACUCGCCGCGAUCGAGACCCUCGGGCCCGAUAGAGGCGGCGGCUGCCAGGACGCGGUACUCCUCGCCGAACCACGUGGAGAAGAUAUACGAGCGGAGUCUGCAGCCUCAGGUGAUUCACGCGGAUGACCUCGAAUCCAUCCUCCGACCUUCUUCGCAGGUUUCCGCUUACGGCGAGGGAGGCACCGCUCGACCCGACCUCGAGUCCCCGUCCCGAGAAGCGGAACGCGACCGGCAGGAACUGGACGACGACGAGGAAGUGUACGAACGGAUCGGGGAGACGCGGUACGAGCAUCUGGAGACCAUCGAGGAGGACGAUCAGAGGAGCGAGGCGUCCGUUCGCAGAUACACGGAUAUCCAGCAAGCGUUGCCGAACGGCGGACCGAGGAGCCCCCAGGAGAGCAGGAUGGAGCCAGCCAGGACGUUCGUCACGUUUCACUCGUCCUGCUCCCCUCGCAGCGUCCAGCAGCAAUCUCGAGCGGUCGCGACCGGUUCGCCGGGGAGCAACGAACAGGAGGAAAAACGAGACGUCGCGGAACCGAUCAUGAUCCUCGAGGACUUUGAGAUCCCCUACGAUUCCGCGAACCCUCUCGACGGUAGUCGAUUCUGUCACACGCGGGAGAGCAGCAAUCUGUCCACGGCCACGAUCCCUCUGGACGAGCUCGAGAGUGAAAGGCAGGCUGCAAAGUUCAAGGUCGAGAACACCGAGUCCAGGUUUCGGGACGCGGGCACGGACGUCGCCGGGAAGCUCAAGGUGACCGACAACGAGAGAACCAACUCGCGGGAGAUCGAGGAUCGCGUCGAGAUGGUGAACGAAGUGCUGGUGAAGACCCUUCAGUUCGAGCAGGACCUUCCGACGGAGUCGACGGAGCACGUGGUCGUCGACGCGGCGAAGAUCGUCGAUCAUGUCGGUCAGCAGAGGCCGAUCGGCUUUCACAACGUCCUUUGCGACAAUUACGAGAACGUGCAGGAUGCUCGGUUCAGGGGGAACAAGGUGUACGUGACGAAGGAAGAAAUGGAGCGACAGAGGCUGAUGGAUCUUCUCAGGAAGGGGGACUACGACUCCGUGAAAGCGGAAUUGGAGAGGAGUUAUACCCUCUCGACCCCAGGGGGUAGCAGCCCCGUCUGUUGUCCGCCGUGCAGCCCGCCCCCUGCACCAGCCGCAUACAUAUCGAGCGCACGUGCGUCCUCGCGGAGACUCGGCGCCGGAAGUAGCAUCGGAGGACCGCCGUCUCCGGAAAGGGAUCCCCUGGGAAGACUGUUAAGAUUCCUGAAGACCUUCUACAGGGAGCUCGGCACUCGUGAUCCACCCCAUUUGCCGGCGUGGGCGUCGCCUCUUCCACUCGGCACCCUUUGUCCGGCGCACUUUCAGCCGCACCUGCAGCUGUUCCACAAAGGCGAGCAGGAACACAGGCUCGAGAACAUCAAGCCCGACCAGAUCUUCGCCCCCGUCAGGUUGAGCGAUGGGACGAUAUCUGAAGCUCCGCGGCGCGUGGCGAUCGAGGGUGGUCCAGGAAGCGGAAGGACGACUCUGUGUCUUCGACUGCUCCACCAGUGGGCGAUCCAAGGGGAUGGUCCUGUCCUGGCCCUCAUUGUGCCCCUUCGUGAGCUUCGAGGCAGUCCGGUGUUGAGUUAUUUGGCUCGCGAGCUGUUCCCCAGGACGGCCGCGAUCGGCGACGCCGUUGCCCAAGUCUGGCGCACGUUGCACCUCAUGGAGGAUCGCGUUCUCUUCGUCCUGGACGGCUACGACGAGUGCGUGGGCGGCAGAGCGUCCCUGGGCGACGCGUUGGACCUCCUGGAAGGACGCCUGUUCCCGGACGCGAGGAUCCUGGUGACUUGUUCGCCCAGCAACUCGGCCGCCCUGUCGCCGCUCGUCCAGAGGAGGAUUCAUCUUGCCGGCCUCGAAUGGCCGCACGUCGAGAGGCUCUGCGUCGCGUAUUUCAUUCACAACGACAUCGCCGAGAAGGCCUGCGAGUUCCUCGAGGCUCUGAACAUUCAGCCGCAAACCGUCAAGCAGCUUGGCCAGCAUCCGCUCGGCUGGAUCAUGCUCUGUUGUCUAUACCAGGACUCGGGCAGUUUGCCGACAGAGACCAGCGCGUUGGUUCAAGCUGCGGUGAAGUGCGUCGUAAAAAGGAGCUUGGACCCACCGGUCCCCUAUAACGAGGAGAUCCCGGGCCAUUGUAGAAAGCGUCUCGAGGACUUUGGGAAGCUGUCCCUGGCCGCGCUCAGGGAAGGCAGAUGUUGCUACACGGAGGCGGAAUUAAGGGCUCGCGGCGGCGGUAUCGAGGUCACCAGGUUAGGCUUCCUGACCAAGGGGCUGACCUUCGGGCAGAGACGGAAACCGGAUCUCUACACGCCGAUCCACACCGCGGUGGCCGAGUUUCUAGCCGCCUACUAUCUGACCUCGGUCGCCCAGUACGCGAACAUCCUUCGCAGAGAGCUGGAGGGCCUGCCGUCGGGCAUUAUCAGCCACCUGGCCGGACUACUGGGGCCGAAAACGCAUCUGAUUCUGAAUCAGCUUUGCCCGCUGGAGGUGCCACCGAGAGCCGUGUUCUCGUUGCUGAAGGCAGCCGGUGCCUCCGACGGGAACAUAUCCGCAGUUUGCAGGCUGGUGGGCGCCGGGCCUGGAUUCGGGCCAGCCCCUAACGAGAGGCCACCCUCGCCUCUGGUUCACACCUCGCCUUUGGAGCUCGAGGGCUGGGCGAGGAUCCUCGAGAGCCCAGCCUGCACCCUCGAGGCUCUCGAGGUGGUCUUCCAGGUCGAGAGGGCCUCCGAUCCGAGGUACCUGGACGACUUCUUCGAGGCUCUCGCUGGGAACGAGAGCGUCAAGCUCGUCAGGAUCACCUCCCUUCUCGGGCAGGAGUUCCCCGCCGACGAGGCGCAGAUGAUGGCCGGGCAUCUGAAGAGCGUCCUGGGGAAGAAGAAGCUCAACGACUUUGAGCUGGUCAUCACGUGCCUGGAGGAGAAGGCCCACGACAGGCUGGAGUGCGUGGUGAACGCCCUUUGCCGUGGACUGAGCCACGCGUCGAGCAGCUUGGCGCGGCUGGUACUCGACAUGAAUCUGUCCGGUAAACAAGUGUCCCAGGUCUGCGAUGCACUUCGUGGCUGCGUUCAAGUGCAAGCGCUGCACUUGCCCCAUUUGGGGUGCGGAUGCGAGGGCCUGGCCUCGGUCGCGGAGCUGCUCAAGGAGAGGCCGCUGUUGGCGCUGAACCUGGCCGGCUGCUGGGGUGCCAAAAACGAGGAUCAAUCCAGCUCUGGAAUCAGUAUGGGUUCGGGGUCUGGUUCCGGAAGUAGCGGCUGCGCUUCCAGCACCCUUGGCACGCUACCCCUCAAUCGGUGCUACUCGUCCCUUCCGCGGGGAGCUUUGGCAGCGUACGGCAGCUUAACGAGGCCCGCGACCCUGCCGCGACUUCCGCUGGGUCUUGGCCUUGGUCCCGCGCCCGUCACCGGAAACGGGCCACUGCCGCCAAACGACAGAGACAGGGACAGCAACGGAAGCAGCAAGAGGAACAGCGACAGCGUGCUGUGCCAUCGUUUGCCCCUAUUGCACCCGUUGCCCACUUGCGACGUCAGCAGCCACCAAGGAACCACCGGCUUCCACGAGAUCUUCAACGCCAUCAGAGAACCAAACUGCAAGCUGAGGUCCCUGAACGUGUCCAAGUGUUUGAACGACGGAUUGGAUGCGGGUUGCCUGGGAGAGACCAUCAGAAGGGCGCGCAAUUUGGAUGCUCUGAGAGCUGCCGGCGUCUCGAGGCCAGCGGACGUGAUGCCGUUGGUCCUGGCACUGACAGAGGCGCCCUGUCUGCAACUUCUGGAUCUAGCCAGCCCACGACUUGCCCUCGACGAUCAUCCCUCGCGGUUGCUGUGUCACGCCCUUGCCAGGAACACCACCCUCAAACUGCUCAGCCUCGAGGGCUGGACGUUCCGAAUAGAGGAAUCGGACAGCUUGGCGGUAUUCUCCGAGCUACUCAGAUACACGAGCGUCCGCGAAUUGAGUCUCUGCAACGCCCGCUUGCAUCUGGCCGUCCACGAGGGUCCUUUGGCGAGAUUAGGGCGUCGGGACGACGCCGGAGCCGAGCUCCUCAGAGCCGCGCCGCCUCCUGCCUGCCCCGCGAUUGUGUUCCUCAGACUGGCUGGUUUUCAAGUAACAGUGAACGAUCGUUUGGCGCUCCGAGGGCCGCUUCUGUUGCCGUUCCUCGCCGGUUUCACCGCCCUCAGCGAACUCGAUCUCUCUCUGGACAAGUCCACCAUAGGCGGCAGCAGCGGAUCCCUAUUGUUCAUCAACGACAAGAUCCUCCAACAGUUCUUCGGCUGUCUGUCCACUCAUUUCAGGAACCUACAGUCCCUGAGGAUCAAUUUCUGGCGGGUGACGCUGGAGGACAGCGAGAAGACGAUGAGGCAGAUCGCGAAAUACUUGAAGCUGUGCAACCUGAGUUUCCUCAAAGCGAACGGACUGAUAGUGAACGACAGCGCGAAGAAGGUGCAAAUGGAGCACGUGUUCGUGCAGACGAUUCUGACGCAUCUGCAGUACCUCACCUGGCUCUGCCUGGACUCGGUGGAGCUGACGGAAACGCAGGCCUCGAGCGUCGGGAAGUGCGUCAGGGACCGAUAUCCGGGCACCUCGUUGGAGAUCAGCGCCAAGGAUGUGCACGUCAAGUCCGUGAAGGCUCUGGUCACCGCGGUGGUGGAAGGUGGAAGGGCAGAGGUAGUCUACACCGGUGGAUCCAACUGUAGACUGAAGAUCACCAAGAUCCAGAAGAACGGCAAGGCCAAGAAGAAGUGAGAACUCGCCUAGGAUCUUUUGGUUGUCAGCGACACGGAAGUUUCUUGACUUUCAACGACGACGACGAGGAGGUUGAAGGAUCGACGCUGAAUGUUGGAAAAUAUACGAAUAUAGAAAAUAUAGGAUGAAGAAACGUCCAGUUUUGGAGUUGUUCGUCGAGACAUAUUGAUUACGUACGAUUUUGUUAGUGUCCCACCGAUCCGGUGAAACGGAUUCUCGAGAGGAAGGUUGAUGGAGAAAUUGAAAAGAGGUACGUACGUAAACGCGUAGUUAUAAGAAGGAAACGAGCCGAUUACGUCGAACGCGCGUAUCGUCGACGAUUUUUAGCCAUAAGAGGCACGUAGAAUAAGAAGAUUACUUACGACGGAAAGGCGCUAAGGACAAAGAAGAUCGAUCGAAGUCGGCACAUUGUGGAUUUUCGUCUUACUGUGAUUUCCUUUUUCGCGCGUUGUCGCACUCCUAACCGAUAAAAAUCAUAUAGAUCGUAGCGUUAGUAGCUCGAGUAUCCUCGACGGUCCGUUAAACGCAGCGAGAUAAGUCUAAAUCGUAGAGAAGAUAAAAGUAUCCUUGAUUUCGGAGGAGAGAAUAAUUAUCUUGCAAACGACCAACACACACGCAUUACCGAAAGAUAUUUAAAGAAUGAUGAAAAAGAAAGAGGCUGUUGCAACUAGAUACGUUCGUUGUUGUUAGAUGGACUGUAAAAUACGAUUCAGAGUAAUAUAUUAUUAUUAUUAUCGACAUUAUUACGAUCAUUAUCAUUAUUAAUUAUUAUUGCUAUGAUUAUUAGUAUAUUCUGAUCACGAUUAUCAAAUGUUACGAUCGAUUGAAUUGCAAUCGACGAUCCAAGAGUGAAAUGGCUUUAGCGGAUGAGGAGCGUUGUUUGAGAAUUGAAGAAAUUUUAUAGAUAUUAUAUUCUACGUGGUAGCGGGUAGAUAAAUCGUAUCCAGCGAGAAGGUCGUCGCGAUUUUCGAAUUCUGCGGUACACGAUAUAGAGAACGGUGGCUAUUGUAUUGUAUAAA